AGCUAAAAAAAGAACUGACCCAGCUGAAUCGCCGGUCCAGUCAGUUCCGCCAGCUUGCCCUUGACCUGAUACUGGACCGUGAGAGACGAGAGAUGUACCUACAGACUGAGAUGGAAGAGGAGUAUGGAGCUGAGUUCUCUCUCACCUUAAAUGACCUCGUGGCCAAGUUCGUUCAGACAGUUGAGGACUAUCUCCCUGUCCCUGUCAUUGAAGAGAUCAGCUCAAGUGAACAGUACCUAAGCCCUACUGAUGAUUGCUCCCCUGCUGUCUCUAAGCUUCUAUCAGUCCUGGAAGUUUCGAAUGGCAAUCCCAGCACUGCUGAUCUCACUGAAUUGGUACAUGAACUUGAAACUGUAAGCACAACAAGGACCAGGAAACAAAACUGUUUACCUAGUAGAAAUCAGGCUAAACUGUCCUCAACUUUCAAAAGUCCCCAAACAAAGGAGAACACAAUCAAAACAGACAGAACUUCUCCAAUUAUACCACAAGGUGAUUGUGUAGAAGAUAGUGCCAAACAGCAGUCAACUUCUACAGGAAGCUCUGUGUCACAAACAACAGAAUGUUCUGGUAUAACCCGUACAACUUUGUCAGAUUCAAGUGAUGUGGAAAUAGUGGAAGUAUCCAGUGAGCCAAAUUCUGAAUGCUCACCUAGAGGCAAAAAGGCAACAAGACUUCAAAAAGAGACGGAUACGAGAAAUGUUAGAAGAGUGAAAACUUCGCUACAUAACAAGUCAAGUGUAUGCACCAAAGCAAAAGGAUUGGAUGCUGGCAAUAGUACAACAAAAGGAAAAGAGUUAAAGAAAGUGAAAGCUAAAUCACCAUUGUCAUGGAAUUCGUGGGAGAACACCUUAAGAAAUGAUCUUAUCGGCAGCAAGUCAAGAGGAAAUAAGUUGAUAACUGACUUCAAAAGUUUCUCCAAAGACAAACAGGACAUGAAAGUAACAACGGAUGAUUCGGAUGAUGAAACACAGUGCAGUAAAGAAAGCAGUUCAGGGAGAAACUCAGUCAAUGAUGACAAGGUAGGAGCAGAGAAAAGGCCAGUCCUUAGAAGUGAUCAGGACCAUAUUGCUUCUCCUUUGGUUAUUACAUUAGAUAGUAGUAUUGACUCUGAUACGAGUAUUACCUCUCCUCUUCUUCUCGCAAACUUGGAGGAACAAUCUCUCUGGAAGAUGAAGAGGCAGAGAGAAGAGGAGCAACUUUCAACGGAGCAUUCCAGAAAGAAGAGACGGAAGCUGGAAUUUCCAGAAAAAUCAUCGUCAGACAAUCAAGGUUCAGAAGCUGACUUGCAGGAAACAUCAAAAGUUGACAAAGUUCAACUUCAGGGAAGUAUUCAGCAUCAAGAGAGGGAAAGUACCACAGAAGAAGUAGCCAACCAAGCAAGUUGUUCUGGUAAACCUGCAACUGAAGACAAAGCAAAUAAGUCAGAGGAUGAAGACACUAAUGCAGAGGGUGCAUCAUCAAACCAAGUCAGUGCUGAGGGGCACAGCAUUGAGGUCCUAGAAGAGACGGCUAAAGAACCUACAAGUCCGUGCUCCAUUGUUGGCCUACAAGAUGGUACUCAGCCUUUCUCGCCUGUACUUCAGGAAGCAACACACCGCGAAUUCAAUAGCACUACCAUUGCUGACAAAACUGAUGCUAUUACUACCUCUCAAACAAAAGAUGAAGAAAGUCACAUUCGCAAAGGAGGUGCUAAAGCUUUAACAGAAGUACUGAGACCACCGCAAGAUGCUGAUAGAUUAAGGCUUGCUAGAAGUAUAACCAGUAGUGUAGAAGUGCAAGAUUUUCCAGUGACAACUGUGGACAAAGCUCCACUGGCAAAUGCUGAUGAGCAUAUCAGUGCUAGCCCGCGCAAUAGGAAACUGCAAAGGACAGAGAACCUAGCCCGGAGGACUCAGAUGUUACAAGCUCUACUCCUGAUGGAGCGGAUUCGCCUAGUAAAAUACUAG